AUGCUGCAAAAAUAUGGCCUUGAAAAUGCUAGUCCCAAACACACUCCAGCUCCAACUCAUGCAAAGCUUGGUAAAGGCCUGAAUGCUGCAAAUUUUGAUGAAAGCUUAUAUAGAAGCAUGAUAAGGAGUUUUCUUUAUUUGACUGCUAAUCGACCUGGCAUUGCCUAUGUUACAAGGGUCUAUGCAAGGUAUCAGUCUAAUCCAAAGACAAGUCACCUGGAAAAUGUUAAACGUAUCUUCAAGUACAUCAGUAGUAUAGUGGAAUGUGGCCUUCUCUAUUGCUUUGAUACUAAUGGGGUUAUUAUCGGGUAUUGUGAUGCCGACUGGGCUGGUAAUUUUGAGGAUAGAAAAAGUUCCUCUGAAGAUGAAAAUAUGUUUCAGGAGUAUGAUGUCGCACAAGAUGUCAUGACCUUGUAUUACGACAACAUGAGUGCUAUCAACAUUUCCAAAAAUUCAGUAUAA